GUUGUUGUGUUGUGUGUCUGCAUCCGUCUCGUCGUCUUUCUUCCUUCGUGCUCCUUUCGCUGGCUCCUUGGGCUGUCAGCUACGUAGUCGGUCGGCUCCUCACCGCGGUCCGGUACCAUCAUCAGCAUCAGCAUCAUCAUACCUAGCCGUCAUCAUCAUCAUCAUCCGACGCGACGCGCGAUCAACGAUGUGAUGGCCGGGAACAAGGACAAGGAGGUCCGCCGACGUCGACGUCGCCGGCCCCACAGCAGGUCUCCACGCGCUUGCGCCAGCUCCACGUCCACGCCCACCUUGCACCCGCCGACAAUCACCACGCCGACCGCCAGGGAUACGCUUCCAUCCCGCUUGUCCGCGCGCGAUCAUUGCGCGAUGGAUGGAACGCGGGCACGGGGCACGGACACGGGCGGUGCGGGCGCUGGGUCGAAGUUUGGCUGGCACGAGCGCGGAGGGCGGACGUCCGGCACGUGUUUUGCGUGGAGCUGUUCUGUGCCGAUCGCAAUGAUUGAUGAUGAUGAUGAUGAUGAUGGUGAUGGUGGGAGUGGGAGUGUUUGUGCGCGGUGUCUAGACGGGCCUGUGAUGGUUGGUGCUGAUGGUGAUGGGCUUUGGACUGGUCGGGACGUGAUGAAGCUCGGCGUCGACGAGUCGUUCUUGUCGUCGUUCUUCAACCUGUUCGCUGAUCUGAAUACGAAGUAAGAGCAGGUCCCUGCCUGACUACUACUCAUACCUACACGGACACGCAUGUCAAGUGGGAGAACCGCAACCGCUCCCGCUUCCGCGCCCGCUCCCGCAACAGCCGCGCUGCCACGGCUGCGGCCCCGUCUGGCCAU